AUGGGAGUUGUAGUCAAGAACAUCGGGGACUCCCUUUCACAGGGAACGUUGCUCCUCCUAACCCCAUCUUCUGCUUUCAGCCUUUUCCAGGUGUUCAGCACCCGGGCCGUCGUGCCCCGUGCCACCCCGGGAGACCUGGCGGUGAGGUUGUGCCUGAGCCACUCGCCUCCCAUCCGCAAGCUGCUGGACUCCUACGAGGAGCUGCGUGAAGGCCUGGGCCACCAGCCCUUGCGCUCGUGCCUCAAUCACAAGCCCUACUUCGGCCCGGAGAGGCCAGACAGCUCCAAAGGGUGCCGCGGCAAGAAGAAGAAGGUGGUCUUUGCGGACAUGAAGGGCUUCUCACUAACAGCGGUCCGGAUCUUCUCAAAGAUCGAGGAGGACCUCUGCGACCUCCACCAGGCGCUCUCUAACCUGACCGGCUUCCGGAACAAGCUGAGAGGCUCCUCUUCCGAGGCGAGAAAAUACGUCCUGGGCUUCCCCCAGCCUUCUGCUGACUACUUAGCUUUCCGCCACCAUCUGCACAGUCACUUUGUGGCUUUAGAGAACUGCCUGAUCCAGGAGAAGUCCCUCUCGGGGACCGUCAAGGUGAGAAACGUCGGUUACGAGAAGAAAGUGUACGUCCGCAUCACCUUUGACUCCUGGAGAAGCUUCCGGGAUGUCGGUUGCCACUAUAUGCACAGCACGUACGGCUACACCGACACAGAUGUCUUCUCCUUCGACGUGGUCCUCCCCAAAGCGCCAGCUCCUUGCGGGGCCAUUGAGUUCUGCAUCUCGUUUCACUGUGGCCAGAAAGUGUACUGGGACAACAACCACGGGAAGAACUAUCCGAUACGCCAGUUGGUGGCUCCUGGCGCACUCUCCCGGCUCGCAAAGAGCACCGUGAGGGCUGGAGAACCCCUGGGCAGCUCCCGAGCAGCAGCCCUGGUCCUCUCUCGCUUGCAGACCUGGCGGCGUUCAGACAGCCGAGCGUACUGGUAG